AUGACUGCCAAGCGAGGUUUAGGGUUUGGAGGCUUGGCGCAGGUGCUGCUGAUAGCAGCUCAGAUUUUGACGCGCAUGAUGGAGCAGUCCGCAAUCCCUACUGCUUACUUUCACAGCCCAGCAUUCAUGCAAGUGCUGGACAGCACUUGCCUCUGCGUGUCCAGCGACUUCUCUCAAAAGGCGCAGCUGCUGCUGCUGCAGAUGUCGCAGCAGCGGGGUUUGGGGGCCCCCAUUUGCAUGCGAGGGUUUGAGUUUCUUGCUGCUACAGUUGCUGCUGCUGCCGAAACUGCUGCAGCAGACGCCGCAGCCUACAGGCCUGACGCUUCCAGAAGGCACGGAGUCGCAGCAAGAAACAGGAGCCGUCUCAUCUGGCUGGGAUUGCUGCAGCACAUCGUGUCUACCCAGAACCUCAGCAGCAGCAGCAGCAGCAGCAGCAGCAGCAGCAGCAGCAGCAGCUUUUACUGCACGGAGUCGCAGCAGCAAACCCUAAAGACUCUUUCGCAAAUUGGAAGUCCUGAAGCGCCAUCGGCCCGGAAACCGCAGCCACAAGUUCGCCAGCAGCAAGACCGAGCAGCUCCCGUGUGCAUGUUCUGCGGGCUGCGCUCUCCUUCUUUAAUGGGCGGAGGCCUCGACCGCCACUUCGCAGAGGCCUGCCCUUGCCUGGCAGUUUGCUGCCACUGCAGCACGGUUCUAGAGGUGCAGCAGCAGCAGCAGCAGCAGCAGCAGCAGCAGCAGCAGCAGCAGUAG